GAGCCAGCAGGGGCCGGCGAAGACCAGUCCGUCUAUAUACCUACCAGUCGCCCCGGCAUUACCAUCGUUCAUAGCACCCUCCUUAUUGCAUCGCUUGCUUCUCCAGUCACUCCUUUGGACCCUGGUUUUGGUGUAAAGAACCACCUCACGAAAUCCAACCCCUCCUUUUGGAACCCCCUAGCGGAUGCAGAUUCACUGAUUGACUCACUGGUCUGUCAUCUCCAAUUCCACAAUGCAGUGGAAGUCGCUCCUUCUUUGCGUCGCCAUCGCCGAGUCGGCCUUGGCUCGCUCCCACGGCCAUGAACGCCGUCAACAUGGUCACGGUCACGGUCACGCCCAGGAGGCUCAUGUGGCCGCCCGUGACGUCGAGGUCGAGGUCCACACCGUCACCGCCGUCGAGCACGUUACCCUGACCACCACCAUCUAUGGUGCCGCCACUGAAACCACCGAGGCCGUCACCUCCUACGAGGAGGUCACCAGCACCAGCACCCCUGCGGCAGCUACCACCACCGCUGACGCGGGCGCUUUCGUGGAAAUCGACACCAACGAGGACCUGGCCAUCAGCGCCAGCCUGGGCAUCUCUCUCUCCCUCGGUCUCGGCGAGCACACCAGCACCAGCACUCAUACCCACACCCAUACUAGCACUAGCACUCACACCAGCACCCACACUAGCACUCAUAUCGCGGCCUCCUCCACCGCAGCCAGCUCCACUGCGGGAAGCGAGGCCUGGACUUCGACUCCCACCAACGGCGUCUACUCGACCGAGGGCUUUGGCGGUCGCACCAACAGCAGCAGCAGCGGAAUUACCUACAGCGGUAACGUCGGUGACCCGUGGGGCAGCAACAUCAUCGAAGUGAGCGCCUCCGAUGCCUGGCAAUACAAGUACGUCAUCCAGGUCAAGGGCAGUAACACGAACGACUGGUUCGUGAGCUUCUGGAACAAGAUCGGCCCCGAUGGAAAGAUGGACGGAUGGUACGGACACUCCGCGCUGAACUUCACCCUUGCCAAGGGUGCGACCAAGUAUGUCGCCUUCGAUGAGAACUCCCAGGGUGGAUGGGGUGCUGCAGAGGGUGACAGUCUGCCCACGGAUGACUAUGGUGGUUACUCCUGCACCUGGGGCGAGUUCGACUUUGGAGACACCGACAAUGACGCCUGGUCUGGAUGGGAUGUCAGUGCCAUCCAGGCCCAGAACGCCGACCAGACCGUCCAGGGUAUGAGAAUCUGCCAGCACGCCGAUAAGGAGUGCUCGUACAUCACCACGGAUGCCGGCACUGUGUACAACGCAUACACCAGCUCGGAGGCGUCGGUUGAUGGCAUUGGUGGAACCGUGUCGUCGGGCGCGGUGAGAUUGACCGUCGAGGUUGAUUAUAGCUAGAGGGCGUGCUGAUGUAUAUACCACUUGCUUUGUUUUCUCGCUGUAUAUAAGUCGGAUGUUGAAUCCGUGACAAUAUACAUACUUGUGUGUCGCCGAUCUCCGAGCGUACUGUGGAUGUGUAGUCUUUCGCGAUUGAGCGGUUGUAGGGAAGUUAUAUGCUGCCGUGAUUUCGAUCUUCGCGGAUGUCUCACAUUAAAACCGGGGCAGUGGGUGGCGCU